CAUAGUUCAUAUUAACUUUUUUCUUGCUUCACGGAUUACAAAUUGCAAUUUAUGGCUAUGGUUUUGGGAUAUGUACCUGGCCUGUACUUUUGAUGAUCUGCCGUUGGAGUUGCUUGCACUUUAUGAAGCUCUUCAAGCACUAGUUUUAAAGCAACUAAGAGAAUCUUACUAUCACAAAGACACCAUCAUGAGUUACAGCACCUCAAACACGAGGAGUUUAUUGUCUCGAACUUGGAUUGUGAUUUUCUUUGAUGUCAAGAGAGGGGAAAAUGGACUCUCGAGCCUUACACGCUCUUUGGAGGAGGAGAAGACGGUUAAGGGUGGUCAAACUAGACCUACUGCCAUGCCACUAGCAACGGGUAAUAAACAAAAGAAGAAAAAGAAGGCUUUGAAAGGUGAUGAAUCUGUUGUGGAUGGUUAUGGUGAUGCUGCCAUGCCAAAGCCAGGAGGCCAAUCAACCAGUAGUGCAAGGACUAAGAGGGGUGAUGAUGUUGUUCUCUCUUCCACAAAGGCAAUGGGUCAAGCUUAACUCAUUAGGGAGAGUAAAACCAUGGCUAAAAACCAAGCUCUGUGUAAUUGGCACUCUUAUCUUGAAGAUUUGGUCUUUACUCUUUAAUUUGAGUAAUUUUAGAAUAUGGAGUUUCAUUCUUUGUAUUUUGUUUAUUUUCUACUUUGGAUUGAAGAAAGUCAAUGUACUCUUAAUUUUGUUUUUAAUAAAUUUUGUGUACUCUU